GAAGGAUAAAUAAUACCAAAUAUUUUACGUCAUUACAAUUUUCAAGGAUUGAACUGACAUUGAUUUGGUUACUCGUUUACACGCGAAGCAGGAUGCAUUCCAAUAUCACAGCCUCCUCAAGGAACACCUCCUCUAGAAUGAUCCGAAAUCUUCUAGUAGCUCUUGUGUGCCUCAUCAUUGUUUAUCUAUCUGGUGUAAUCUCUACUAUGCGCACCUCUCAAAAAACUAACAAGUUUUUCCUGUAUAUCUCCUUUUUAGGCUACACUGUGUUUUGCAGCAUGUGGUUUUAUACCAACUUCUACCUGAGGCAGAAGAACCCUCAAUGGAAUAAAACAAAUAAAAAAUUCAUAUAUAGUGCAACCAUUUGCUCCAUUUUAUCAGGCCUGCUAUGGAUGAUUGGUAUGUGGCCCGAAUACCAUUUGUUGACAUUGCCACUGCUUUUGACAAUAUUGACCAUGGUAAUUAAUAUAGUAGGGAUUUUUAAUAUGAGGAAGAAAAAGGUUUCUUAGUGCAUUGAAAGGUGCUAUGAAAGCAAAGAAGUGCCGAGAAAAGAAUAUAUUGGCUUUGUAUGUUGAUAAGCGCAUAGGUGUAUAAUUUUGCUUGAUCCUAUGUAAACGGUAUUGUCUUGUGCGUGUAUGAGGGGGAAGGGAAAGAAGGUAGAUUGUAUUUUUAACAGAACUUAUGUCAUGCCAUUUUUGCCCGCCUACAGCAUCAGUUGCUGCUGAUGCAUUUUAAGUACAACCUUAAGUUUUUUUCUGCCUCUUAUCGUGGUGUACGUCCUCGGACACAAUAUUUUUAUUCAUUCUAUUCGUGAUCGUAUUUUUGCUAAUCCACUUGUCUUCAUCUUCAAAUAGGGACUUCAAAAAAAAAAAGAGCCACUACAAGUGCAAUUGAGACAAUCAGCUCUGAUACACCAAUGAAAGGCAUUGUGGGCUCCUCUCAAGGAAGCUCGAAAUAUCGCAGUGGCAGAGGACGCGGUGGUGCCCAGGCUGGUAAAUCGGCCCACAGGGACGAACGUUUUGCCUCCCGUUUUACUGACCCUCGAUUUAAGCUUUCAAGCAAGCUUCAUAAAAAGCAUAAACAGCGAUAUAGUCCGAGGGAUAAGCUCGAGAAAGCCGCUAGUCGUGAUCCGAGAUUUGCCAAGAACUUUAAUCCAUCCGAAGAAACACAGAGCAAAUAUGAAGAAGAUAAUUUGACUGACACUGACGAAGAGGAUACUCCAACCAAAAAGAACCUCGUUGCCGAUGUAGAUGAUUUCGAAGAGAAUUCUUCAGAUGAAAAUGAUGACGAAGUUGAUGACGUGUGCGAGUGGGCUCCUGAAGACGUGGAGCUCACGGAAGCAACUCACCGCAUUGCUGUGGUGAACUGCGACUGGGAUCACGUCCGCGCAGUGGAUCUCUAUGCCAUUCUCUUUCAUGCCCUUCCUUUAGGUGGGCAGUUGAAGGAUGUGUGUGUCUACAUGAGCGAUUUUGGUAAAAAAAUGCUUGAACAUGAGCGGGUGCACGGGCCAGAUUUGUGGGUAAAGGAGGGCGAAGAAGACGUAGACGUAAACCAAGACUUACCCCAUGAUGGUAUCGAGUCAGCGCAUGAGUACGAUGACAACAUGGAAGAGGGAGAGCAGACAGAUAGUGAGGGUAGUGACGAUGAUAACGGCUGGGUUGAUGACAACCCUAGUAUGUUCACGGAACGUGGUGAAGAUGGGGAGUACUUCUCGGGCGGGAAGUAUCGUCAGUAUGAAAUGAACCGCAUGAAAUACUACUACGCCAUAGCCACGUUCGACUCCCCCGAAACUGCAGCUGCUGUCUAUCGCGAGCUGGAUGGCACCGACAUCGAAUCUAGUGGCGUCGUGCUGGAUCUGCGCUACGUUGACGAGGAUGAGACCUUCAAGGACCCGGUCAGCCGUGCCAACGGUAUCCCACCGAAUUUCAAGCCAUUAUCCUCCUUCAAGGCGGCUGCGCUUAGCCAGGCGCGCUUUCGGAUCUCUUGGGAUCAGGACGACCUCUUCCGACACCGGUCAGUACAGGAUGCCUUCACCGGAACCACCGCCGAGGACGACCUGGCGGCUUACCUCGCCCCGCCUGACUCCGACGAUGACGAGAAGGACGCUCGCACGGGUCGCACCAAGGCGGAGGAAAAGCUAAGACUUCAGCACAAGUACGCGGCACUGUUGGCGGAAAUCGGUAAAGUGCCAGGUCAACUUGACGAGGAUGAUAACCAGGUAGGAGAUGGCACCGAUGAAACCCGUGAAGAACAGGGUGCCAAUGGCUUCAGCAGUGAUAGCAGCGUCGAUGGGGAUACUACGGACGAUGAUUCCCUCAACCGGUUCAGUGAUGUGGAUUCGGAAGAUGAGGCCGAGAGCGGAUCAAAUGACGCAGAAAGUGAAGUUAUGGGUGACAUGGAAGCAACGCUUGACCUCGACGCCGAUAACAAGGCUGUCGGUCUCCAGCGAGAGGCCAGGUUAAGGAAAAUGAAAAAGGAGAGCAGCCUUGGCGCACAGGCGGAGCUCAAAUAUAAGCUUAGACGUAAGGCGAUGAAAAAGACCAAGAAGGAGGAGCUGCUUCACGAACGCGAGAUGGAGGUAGAGGCGUCAUUAGCGGAGAAGAAAGAACGAACGGAAAAACUCAAGGCGUUGAUCGGGUCGAACGACAACGGGGCAAUCCGUCUCAGUGGUAAAGAGCGCCGCAAGCGGCAUGUGAAAGAAGUCAAGGAAACCCUGGCUAAGGAACGGGCUGCAAAGAAGCAGAGUCGUAUCGUGAGCCAGAUGGGAAUCACACGGGAGGCCAGAGUCCGACUCGAUACACAGGAAGCGGAGCAAGCAAAGGGCGCCAUUGACUCCCGCUUUCAGUCAAAGCUCCUCUCGGACCCUCGCUACCACCUGGAGAUAGCGCAAAAGGACAAACGCGUCUCGAAGGAUGUUGCAGAGCUCGCGGCGACGGUCGCGAAGGCGCGACGUGGAAAGCGUGCCCAUGAAGACGACAAGGAUGCAACGGCCGGUGGAGAGGAUGCCAAACCCUUGGAUUCGGUUGUGGACUAUUUUUUGGAAGCUCCCUCACGCAAAAAGAAAAAGUAG